AUGACCAACGCCAUGGAUAAAGAGUCGCAUCUCAAUAGUUUACUGUCCGACACCGACGACCCCGGCUCGGAAGUCGAUCUGGAGCUGCACGAGAUACAGAGCAAUGCUGCGCGAAGGAGAUCCGACAAGGCCGUUGAACGGCUCUGCAAACCACUGAACGUCCUCUUCGCUCUCCUGGCGAUCAGCAUUGCCUCCUUUUGGGCCGGGACAUAUCUGCCUAUGCGCAAGUCGACACUUGAUGGGAUAUGCGCAGCUCAUACGACCCGCUGGUCUCCACUUCUGAGGGAAGUAGGCGUCAAGUACGAAGUUAAGAAGUUCAACGGAUCAUUUCUGGACGAGAACAUAUACCGCAAAAUUGGCACACCAGAAGUUGACAAGGCGUGGGACGAUCUUGGUGUCAAUUUUGCACCGGGAGUCAUUUCUUACGAGGAUGGCAUCAAGAGCGGCCUGGAGCCUCAUUUUGUCAAGCGAGCCAAAAAGUACGGAGGCGGUUUCAUCGUCAACAUGGAAGGCCUGCAUCACUUGCACUGUCUGAACCUCAUGCGAAAAGCAUUAUGGUUCAACUACGAUCAUUACAGAGAUCUCAAGCAACACGCGUUCAAGAACGAUGGCGAAAUACUCCGCAAGCACGUCACACAUUGCGUGGACGCCCUUCGCCAAGUACUCAUGUGUAACGUCGACACCGGAGUGCUGGGCCAAGUCUGGACGGUGGACAACAGUGGCAAGGAGUUGCAGGCAUUUCCCGACUUCAACUCGAAACACACGUGCAAGAACUUUGAGGACAUGAAAGAAUGGUCGAGGAAGCUUAUGGCACCGUCUACAGAAGCUAUUCCGGACGACUACCUAGAGCGGCCAGCGGACAGUGAUGUCGUGGGACCAAUACCCUGA